GGCGCCGCUUAGCGACGGCCGCCAUCUUGGGUGAGGGCCGCGCGUCGGCCAUUUUGGGUGAGGGCCCCGCCUCGCGCUCUUGCGACGGGCAGCCAAUCAAAAGAGAAGACGCCGAGGCGGCCGCCAUUCUUGUUUUUAACCCAGCUUCCACCAUGAAGAGGGAAAUGGCUAGAGCGUCGCCCUCCAUAAAUACCGGAAGUAUAGGCCGCGCUCUACGAUAAAGUUGCUAAGGCAUAAGGCAGCGCUGCUUUGCGGCAACAUAUCGAAAAUAGAUAUCCAGUAUUAUUAUUUUUUAAAAUCAUAGUUAUUCGAGUGUGUGUGUUUCCCCCCCCCUUGGCCUGUCUAUCCCUUCCUGCUCUAUAGCAGUCCAUUUCCGUCGAAACUGCAGGAUAGAGGAAGUGUCGCGAGAGUUGGAGCAGCAGCCAAUCAGAGCGCUGCGCCAACUCGCGGGGCGAAUAAGGCGUGCUGUUUGGGCGGGUGUGAGGUGCAGGCAGCCAUCUUUAGUAUGGGCAACGUGACUUUACCCUUAAUAUGCCAGAAAAGGCUGGUUUUGUUUUCCCGUCUCUUUUAGUGUACCGGCUGCGCUGUGACUUGGGGGAGUUUUAUCUGCUUCCGUUGGCAAUUUGAUCCCCAGCCUCCUCUUGCUGGAGCUCAGUGCCUGGAACUCAUGGAUGUUGGGCGCACCCCUCCUAAAACCCACCCCCGGAAGAAGAGGAGGAAGGUGGUGGUCCGGCCGGGCAAGCCGAGGCACCCCCAGGCCCCCUCCCCUCCCGCCGACGUGGACGUCUUCCGCUGCGCCGUCUGCGAGAAGGACAUCAAGUACCUGACGAACUUCCGCGAGCAUCAGCGCAUCCACACGGGCGAACGCCCCUACCAAUGCAAGCGCUGCGCCAAGACCUUCACCCGCUGCGCUGACCUCAUCAAACACCGCCUAGUGCACUCGGCCAAGCGGCCUUUCCGCUGCCGGACCUGCGGGAAGCGCUUCAAGCUGCGGGCCGACCUGGACAAGCACGGCAAGGUGCACUCGGACGAGGCUCCCUUCCCCUGCCACCUGUGCCCCAAGCGCUUCAAGCGCACCUCCUGCCUGGUGAAGCACCUGCGCAUCCACACGCAGGAGAAGCCCUUCGCCUGCGCCCACUGCGCCCGGCGCUUCAAGUGGGAGGCCUCGGUCAAGGAGCACGAGCGGGUGCACACGGGCGAGCGGCCGCACCGCUGCGGCGAGUGCGCCAAGGCCUUCACUCACCGCUCCACCUUCCUGCAGCACCGGCGCACCCACCAGGCCCAGCCGGCCUUCGGCUGCGAGCAGUGCUCCAAGGCCUUCAACCACAAGUCCAACCUCUUAAAGCACAUGCGGAACGUGCACACUGUUAACGGAGAAAUCUGAGGGCUCCCUUGGACAAAAAGGAAGGACACCAGCCAGGAAUGCCAGAGCAAAACGGCAGCUA